UUUUCAAGACUACCCGAGGUGCUGGCUGCUGAGGCUUGAAGUUCCUGAGAGAUAAAGGAAUUGCCCUAGACGCAGAAGGGAGUUACCAGCCCAGGAACAGCCUGCAUUCCAGGGCAAACUGAGCUCUCUUGCUGCACUCAGGAUGACUCCAAAAGCCACACCAGGUCCAAAUCUCCUGGUGGUGUUGGCUAACAUUUCUUUUCUUGCAACUACAUCUCAGCUCAACCUCUCCUCAAAUCUGCUUCCUUAAACACUGGCAGAUGUGACUCUUGGCUAAGUAGUCCCCAAUAAACUCUCCACACACAAUUCUCCGCCUCAGAGGUGCUUUUCCAAGGAGUCCAAAUUAAUACUAUGGUAAUUGCCUACAUGUCAUUUGUUUUGUGCCAAGAACGCUUUUUAAGUGCUUUACAUUCCUAAACUCAUGCAAUCUUUUUACAAAACUCUUGUGUAGUAGGAAGCAUUGUUAUCUGUAAGAUCACAAAACUGCUCACCGGUAGAGCCAGGAUGUAAAGCCAGGAUCAUGAGUCCAUUUUCUUAACCAUGGAGUCUCCCUUGUGAGAUUAAAUAUAUUGAGCAUUGUUUUUUUUAAAAAAAAUUUAGAAUAAAAUAUAUCAAGAUAUGUACAGAGGUCUGGAAGAAAGAAAGCACAGCAUGUUUGAAGCAAUGAAAGAAAUCCAGUUGGCCCAUGGAAAGGUCAAAGAAAUAGGCAGAGAGAGGCCAUUAGAUAUGACUUUUAUCUUAGUUCAGUAAAAGGCUUUUUUUUCGGGGUACGGGGAGGAUUUUAAUACAAAUCCUCUGACUCUGAGCUUACCGAAUACCAUAGUGGCCUACUCAAGGAUCCAUAAAUGUUUUCUCUGCCAAGUUACAAAGACAAUUGUCAAGAAAUAAUGGUCUGGCCUUAUAAAUGAUAUUGGAGUGCAAUGCUUUGGUGUAUCAAGCCAGCUUUUGUGGUUUCAAGGUGCUGGUCUACUUCCCAGAUGCCUACCUAACUAAACUUCUUUAGGCGUUCCAAAUGAGGACACAAGUUUCUCUAAAACAUCCUAUAUUCUGAAUGGUCAUUACCUUUUGUGGUACUAGCUGGCUGACUAUUCCUGUCAACGAUCUUGAAUGCCUUUUUCUCUUCACUGAUCCCUACCAAAUGUCAAGUAAUCCUGGAACAUAUAAUCCUAGCUCUAAAAUUGGACCUCUUUAGUCAGGCAUGCCUAACCUCUUUCAAGGCCUCUAGUUAUCACUAAAGCUGGCAGCUCUCUCUAAUAUUUGAUAUUUUAUCUCCCUCUAUAUUGGGUAGCUCUCUCAUGACCUGUAGCUAGCCAUGGUCCUCCUACUGCACCAGCCAUCAGGGUCAAGGGUCAAGUCAAUAGAUGAUUCCAUGGCAGUUAGCAGCCCUGACAACAAGGCAGGCCCACAUAUAGGAGUAGUGGGGGGUGGGAUUUAUCUUCUUUGGUCCACAGGCUUUAUGAGCUCUGCCCCUGCCAAUACCUCAGCAAUCACUAAAAUUUAGAUUUUACUCUUCCUCUUGUGAAGAAAUAAUCAAAUUAGAGAAGAGCCAUCUGAGAUAUUGGUGGUGGUCUCGGCUUGAAAUCCCCACUCACAAUGGGGAACAUAUCACCCAGAGGUAUCCAGGCCACCAACAUGGUCUUCUCUUCCUGGGCCUUAGUCUUCUUGGCCAUAGGAAUCAUCAUGGAAGAAUGGGUUGAACUGACAUUGGAAACAAAGAAAAAUACAGUAAGCCACAGUCCCUGGAUAUGUUGCACUACUCUUUGGCCAGAAGAUGGCCUGGAAGUGGUCAGGACCAUGAUGAUUUUGGUUCUCAUCCUUUCCUUCAUCCAUAACUUGUUCCUGGGUUUGGAAUCUACCUACCUGAUUCCUCAAACUAAACAUACCCUCUUCAUCGCUGUCUUCCUCAGUUUCUUUACAGGUCUCCUUCUGCUCUGUGCACUCCUAAUGUAUCACCAAAAGCUAAGUCAAGGUAAAACCGUGUACUACUCCAGUUACAAGAUCACCUGGAUCAUUUUCACUGCCUACUUAAAUGUCUCCCUCUUUGUGGCCUCUGGAGUCCUCUCUCUCCUACAGUACAAACAAUCCAUCAAGAGCUUUGCCUGCCUGACCAUCCUCCGUACAUCCAGCAGAGAAAUUAAGGACAGACAGGAGUCUGAGAGUUCUAUCAAAGUUAUUUCCUUACCAGAACAGCCCGCAAUGCUUCGUAGUAUUGUUCACACAAAGGAAGAUUUUCCAAACAGAGCACACAUCCAAACACGUCGUGUAACCUGGGCUGUAUGAUUUGACAAUGUAUCUUUCAGUGUGUGCUUGUCUUAAUAGAAACAACGUUGUGUGUAUGUGCAUUGUGUCUCUACAGCCGUGGUGUCUUUGUUUGGCAUUAUUUAAUGCAAGUGACUGGGUUAGGGUCUGUAAGAAGAUCCGGAAGGUGGUUUUUUUAUUUUUAUUUAUUUAUUUUUGAUCCUGACCUGCUGAACGGUUUCUUUUAUUUGUUCUCACCAUUUAAUAACAUUUGUUAUUCAUUUAAUGACAA